AAUGGACAGAUGGAUGGAUGAAUUGACACUGGGCUCUGAGAUGCAGAAAAGAGAAGUGCAUGAAUAAAGAGGUGAGAUCUCGUGAUUUCUCGCGAUACUUUGUGAAUCUGACGCCGGACGCGACGCGAUUGCGGCUAACAGGGAAGCUAACUAGUUCCUUCAGACUUGUUGAGAAAGCCGUCGUUAAACAUGUCGGGACGCUCAGUCCGCGCGGAGACACGGAGCCGGGCUAAAGAUGACAUUAAGAAGGUGAUGGCGGCGAUCGAGAGAGUCCGGAGAUGGGAGAAAAAGUGGGUGACUGUGGGAGACACGUCUCUGAGGAUAUUUAAAUGGGUUCCUGUAGUGGACACUAAGGAGAAGGAGAAGAGCAAAGUUCCAUCUGCUGCUGAGGUUCAAACAAACACUUUCUCUUCAGAGGAGACCAAUGACAAUUCCUGCACCGCUCUCCUGGAUUACCAAGAUGAGAACAGCAGUCACAGCUCCCUCUCAGACUCGUUCCAGAGUAAAGUGAUCCCUGCAGACAGCAGCACAAACUCCAGUCCUCAGCGCAGUGAGCCCGUCAGCCCUGCCACACACACUCACACACACACACUCACACUUACACACACUCAUGAGUACCGCCCCGACGAGCCACCACCACCCACACUGGGCCAGGAGUGUCUGGAGGAGGCGUCGCUGCAGCGGGAGAUGGCUGAUGAACCACCAACACUGAUUAAAGAAGACAUUAUACCUGUUACAGCUCAGGAAGAGGAAGACUCUGGAGCUCCGCCUCUUAAAAGAGUGUGUAUUGAACAGACGUCUGUUAUCCAGUCUACUAUGACCAGUUAACACACACACACACACACACACACACACACACUGUGUACACACUGUACAUAUAUAUAUAGAUUCUAUUCCAGAGAAUCUUUAUAUCAAACCUACAGAAAUGAGAAAAUAAUAAUAUCCAGAUAAUUUAUGUAAAUCAGAUCAUUUCCUCCACCGUACUUUCUCUCUUUCUGAUUAUUCAUCAAGUUUUAUUUUUUUUGUUGUUUGCUUUUUGUUCAAUUUUUUGGGCAUUUUUAGCUUUUAUUAUUCUUGGUUAUUGCGAUUACAAGAGAACAGUCCUGAUUUUGACGUUCACCUGAUGAUGAUGAUGAUGAUGAUGAUGAUGAUGACUGUACACUGGUUAAGUGGCACAUCCAAGUUGAAUUUAUAUUACUUACAAAAAUGUCAUUAAAAAUAUUCAAAACUUUU